GGGGGGCAGCUGCGGGUGGAGGUGCGCUUCUGACAAGCCCGAAAGUCAUUUCCAAUCUCAAGUGGACUUUGUUCCAACUAUUGGGGGCGUCGCUCCCCCUCUUCAUGGUCGCGGGCAAACUUCCUCCUCGGCGCCGCUUCUAAUGGAGCCCCACCUGCUCGGGCCGCUCCUCGGCCUCCUGCUCUGUGGCACCAGGGUCCUCGCCGGCUACCCAAUUUGGUGGUCCCUGGCCCUGGGCCAGCAGUACACAUCCCUGGGCUCCCAGCCCCUACUCUGCGGCUCCAUCCCAGGCCUGGUCCCCAAGCAACUGCGUUUCUGCCGCAAUUACAUCGAAAUCAUGCCCAGCGUGGCCGAGGGCGUGAAGCUGGGCAUCCAGGAGUGCCAGCACCAGUUCCGGGGCCGCCGCUGGAACUGCACCACCAUCGACGACAGCCUGGCCAUCUUCGGGCCCGUCCUCGACAAAGCCACCCGCGAAUCGGCCUUCGUGCACGCCAUUGCCUCAGCCGGUGUGGCCUUUGCGGUCACACGCUCCUGUGCUGAGGGCACCUCCACCAUCUGUGGCUGCGACUCGCAUCAUAAGGGGCCUCCUGGGGAGGGCUGGAAGUGGGGCGGCUGCAGUGAGGAUGCCGACUUCGGGGUGCUCGUGUCCCGGGAGUUCGCAGACGCUCGUGAGAACAGGCCAGAUGCGCGCUCCGCCAUGAACAAGCACAACAACGAGGCUGGACGCACGACCAUCCUGGACCACAUGCACCUCAAGUGCAAGUGCCACGGGCUGUCAGGCAGCUGCGAGGUCAAGACCUGCUGGUGGGCCCAGCCUGACUUCCGCGCCAUCGGUGACUUCCUCAAGGACAAGUAUGACAGCGCCUCGGAGAUGGUGGUGGAGAAGCACCGGGAGUCCCGUGGCUGGGUGGAGACCCUCCGCGCCAAGUACGCGCUCUUCAAGCCGCCCACCGAGAGGGACCUGGUCUACUACGAGAACUCCCCCAACUUUUGCGAGCCCAACCCUGAGACGGGCUCCUUUGGCACCAGGGACCGGACUUGCAAUGUCACCUCCCACGGCAUCGAUGGUUGCGACCUGCUCUGCUGCGGCCGUGGCCACAACACAAGGACGGAGAAGCGGAAGGAGAAAUGCCACUGCAUCUUCCACUGGUGCUGCUAUGUGAGCUGCCAGGAGUGUAUCCGCAUCUACGAUGUGCACACCUGCAAGGCACCGGGAACGGGUGACGUGUGUGGCUGGGCAGAUUCACCGAAGUCCUACGGGCAGCGGGACCCAGAGCUGGGCUCAGCCCUCAGCAUCAGACAGCAAGGAAUCCGGACUGUUGCCCGAUGCACGUGUGGUAAAUUACCUGGACCCAACCUGCCCGCUGCCUGGGAGGCCUCCCUCCCUUCUCUCUCAUCUUAAGUUUCUCACCCUACUCUGGAUGGUGUAUGGUUUUUGAAGAAGGGGCUUUCUUUUCAGUUCUCUAGGGUCUGAUAGGAACAGACCUGAGGCUUAUCUUUGCACGUUAAAGAAAAUAAAAAUGGAAAAAAAAAAAAAGCCACUUCUACUCCAACAGAACAGGCUGGGCUCAUGUGAGCGCUCUGCCUGGUAGUAAAGGCAUCGAUGUGGGCAAGAUUGCUUCCCAACUGCUUCUCCUGGUGACAUUCCAAGAUGCCUGCGAGGUGCGAGUGAGGAAGUAGGACAAAGCCCUGCAGUCUCCUUCUCUCUGUCGACUCCCAUUCAAAUCUGAUAGACUUUCACAUUCCGAUAAAAGCCAUAGGUUUAGCUGGGAUCAAGUGGUAGGGAGGCCCAAGGCAAUCGUUAGAGUCGGGUUUUGAGUUUGAAGAACCGAGAGUUCCGGGCGGCCUGGUAAAGCUGUUUGAAGAGCAGCUGUAUGUUCUUCUCAGUCCCAUUUUCUCUGUAACCCUGUUCUGCACGAGAGGCUCUUGUGAACUGCAGUCAGAUCUCAAAAAUCCUUUCCUACCAUUCUGCAGUUUCCACCAUUAACGCAGUUCGUUCUUUUUUUUUUUUCCUGUAGUGAACGUUGUAAAUAGGCUGUGUGUGGGGGGGGUGAGCCUUCUGCAGCGCAGAGGGCUUCCUGAAGAAAGUGGUAUCUUUAAAGGGGCCAUUCUGUCCCUCCCAGCCUUGCUCACCUGCAGAUUCUCCAUAAAAACAAACUCCAGAUCGAGCAGUUGGACUGUAGGUCACCUUGGUAUAAAUUAGACAAAGGGUCAGAGGGAGGGAGAGUAGCAACCUAGUCCUAAAGUUCCCAUGUUGUGGCCAGUAGACGGGGAGGACACAGAUGGUUCCUUCGUUUCCUCUCCUAUAAGGACAUGUCGUCCUGCAUCCUUGUCUUUCAUUGGCCUGUGUGAGGAAACAGAAAUGCAGAGGUCCUUCACACAGGUCUUCCGGCCUCACCUGCACGCUGAUAGCAUCAAUCCACACAGUCACCAAGGAUCAGGGUUAGGUGUUCAAAGAGGGGCAGGCCGUCACUCGCUCCCUGGGGUAAAGCAUCUCACAGCUGAUUUCUCCUUUAUCCACACGGGUCCUCUGGACCGUCCUAGAGGAGGCGAGCACGGUGGAGGCAAACAGAUCUGAUAGUGUGAAUCAGUGCAACAGCUCUGCCUCAGGAGAAUCAGAAAGAAGAGGUGCGGCAGGGACACAGGCUGGAACACAGUGCUUUCUUCCUCUUCCCCCUUCUCUCUCUGGUCUACCUAACAGUGACCUAAGGUUCCGGGUCAAGCCAUCUUCCUACGUGCUCAGGCAGGUUCGCCAAGAUGAUCACCUAGAAGUCAUGCCUGCACUCUUGAAUCUGUUGGCCACGAGCCCUCCUGAAGAUACACAUCCCAUCCGCUCUAGAGAGUCUGAAAUGCCCCUCCCCAUCUCACCUUAGACUGAAGUUUUAAAUCAUGUCAACCAGAUAAUGCUUGCUUUAUGUGAGAAUUCUUUCAGCAGAAUGGAUACAAAUUUUCAAAACAGUCUUUUCAUAUCUAUGUAUUCUAUAUUAAAAGUGAUAAAGUCAUGUUUCUGGGACGUAUUCAAGUAGCUGACAAGUAAUUAUUUAAUAAUAGUACAUUGAGUGCAUUGUAAUUAUUCUCGCCGUAGUCAGGUAAUAGUAUCCAACAGAAAUUUCCUACCAACCUGCUGUAUCCAAAGUUUUGUAAAAAGUUGUAGAAGUUGUUGAUCUUUUUGAUUUUAUAUUCAAAAAGUCUCUUUUUAUAAAUAUUAUUUAUUAUACAAUGUAUAUACCUUUGAGUUAACUAAGAUUAUAUAUUAUAUAAAUAUAUAUAUAUUUGGAGAAAAUAUAUUUCAUCAUGCAAUUUUUUUCUGUUAAGUCAUUAAAGAGAAGGUAAACUUAA